UCCCACUAUGCCAACGUAGCGUUGUUAGCAUAGCGGUGGGCUAGCGUGAGCUAACUGUAACGGUUAGCUGCUUGAUAUUUUCUUUCUCUUCUGCUCCGCUAACUUUUUUCUUCUGUAAACGUCCGGUAAUUGUUACCUGUGUCCGUUCUUUCUUCUAGUAAAUUGAGCGUGGACGGAGUAUUUACGGUAGGGUGACUCCUCAGGUAGUCUUAAGGUACACACUGUAUCUGUAGGGACUUAAACAGUAAAGUUAUAGCGUUAAAGUACGCCAGUAAAAAAAGUUUCGUCAACGUUAUUUUGCCUCGUUAGCCCUUGAACAGAGUUACCAGCAACUUCUAACGUGAUAAUAAGGCAAACUACAUGUAAAAUAACGGACAUGCCUUAUUUAUAAGCUGAAAUACAAUGAUUUAACCAAAAUAAAUGACUGUGUUUUGAAGUGAAAGCCUCUUCUACUCCAGGAACUUGUUACACAGUGAUGUGGUGAUGCCGUGGAUGGUGCCAUGUGAAUGACCGAAGACCAUGAAGCCCACACACAAGCUGCUGUUCGUCCUGUGCCCCAUGCUGGUCCUGGGCUUUAUUUACUACUCCUCCGGGAAGCUCCAUCUACACGUGUGGGGCCAGAAGUCUCAGAGGGAUGCAGAAGUGACAGCUGUAGCCCUGACUAAAGGGGCUGAAGUGAAAAGAACUCCAGAGUUGGAAACGGAAAUCCCCGCGGGACGAAUAGUAGGCUCAGUGUAUGAUAAGCAGGGCUUCCUGCUGCAGUUGGACACUAAACUGCCACCGGAGUUAGCAUACAAGUACGGCAACCUCAGUGAAGGAGUGUGCAAGCCAGGAUACACAACAGCCAAGAUGACCAGCAUCUAUCCCAAGUUUAUACAGCCAGCACCCUUGUUUCUUGAUCGGAACUUCAAACGUUUAGCAAAAGUCAGCAAUUAUUUACCUCCAUUUGGAUUCAAAACACAAGAGAGAAUCAUUGACAGCAUUUUAACUGCCACCAAAAAUUAUGGAUUGGGUGAGGAGCUGGACAGUCUAAGCUGUAAAAGAUGCGUCAUUGUGGGAAAUGGAGGCAUCCUGUUCAACAAGUCACUUGGCUCCCGAAUAGAUGAAUACGAUGUUGUUGUAAGGUUGAAUGAAGCUCCAGUAAAUGGUUACAGCAAAGAUGUAGGGACCAAAACCACGUUAAGGAUCACGUAUCCAGAGGGAGCCAUCCAGAAGCCUGAAAACUAUGAAAAAGACUCACUUUUUGUUUUUUCUGCUUUUAAACCACUGGACUUCAAGUGGCUCAAACACAUGGUCUUCAAGGAGAAACUGAGGGGCGUUGAGGGUUUCUGGAAGUCGGUGGCUCACUAUGUGCCUCGGGAGCCGACAGAGAUCAGAAUCCUCAACCCUUACUUCAUCCAGGAGGCCGCCUUCCAGUUCAUAGGCCUGCCCUUCAACAACGGCCUCAUGGGCAAAGGGAACAUUCCAACUUUGGGAACAGUUGCCAUAACAAUGGCACUGCACAACUGUGACGAGGUGGCAGUGGCUGGUUUUGGCUAUGACAUGAACAUGCCACACGCUCCUCUGCACUACUAUGAGGCUGUAAAAAUGUCCGCCAUCAAAGAGUCAUGGACACACAACAUAUCCAAGGAGAAAGAGUUCCUCCGCAAGCUGGUAAAGGCCAACGUCAUCACAGACCUGACACACGGUAUCUGAGUUUACACCCACACCACAGCCUCCUUCAGCCUCCCCCCAAAGGACUACAGAGCAGGAAGUGGGAGGAAACAGAUCAACUCUGGUAGAGAGAACUCUCAGACUCUGGGUGGCCUGCUCACUGUUGGGGUUCUCUCAUAUUGAAGAAGAUUAUUUUAAAAUGAGACACACAAGAGUGUUUUUGCAGAGAGAUGCACACAUGUGCCUUCUGAACCAAAGACUCCUGCUAACUGAAGCAGGUGAGGGAGAGGAUGGGAGGGGGCUGGAUCUGCCUGGUUCCUGUCUUUAUCAAGGGACAGACACAGGAGAGCUCUGCCAGCCCUGUACUUCAACGUUUACCACUUCCACCCCCCUCAAAUAUCACAUGAAUGAAUGGUGAGAGCAGAGGUGACGUGUCAGGAUUUAGCUGGACUCACUGGCUACAGUGAUAAAGGGACAGAAAAGCAGAGUGGGAUGGAGAGAGCGCAUGGGGAUGGGUGGAGUAUCAGCAGUGCCAAACGUACCUCGUACAGAGGAGAGGGGCUCAUCCUCUCCUUUUGCUGCCUGAAUGUAUUCACUUUCCUCAGUGUAAAUAUCAAAGAUUUUUACUGUGCUUUUAAACAAGAUGCAGCGAAACUCCCUACGCCCAGUCCAACAUCCCUUACCUGUCUUUGUCAAUUCAGUCAUUCAUCCAUCCAUUUAUUCAUUCUAUCUUUCCAGGGUCCAAAUGAACUCUUAUGCCGGAUGACACAUCACAGAGAUGAGUCUAGACAUCCAAGUGUUUAAGCAAUUAGGUGUUUUUGCAGAUUUCUCUUUGAAGGGAUUUUAACAUUGACUCUAUGGAGUGGAGCAGCUUCUGUCUGCUGGUUAUGCUGGAUCUACACACACUGAUAGCAUGUGUGUGUGGAGAGGUCACCAAAAAGAGAAAAAAUUAAGCUAAUAAUGAAUACGGAUAAUUAUCUAAAAGUGUUGUCAAUAAAACCUUGAAUCUGCUUUUUAAAGAUUAUUUUAGCUCAGCUAAUCUACACUAAAAGGACAGAUGUGUAUUGAUUAUUUAGGUGAUUGUAAAUUAUCCAGGGAUUUUUGGGGAUGAUGUUUGUAUUCUUCAGCAACUCUGACUGAUAAACUCCACCUCUCUGUGUCUUUUCUGCCUCCUUGUCUCUUUGUAAAUCCUUUUCCUCUCAUUCGUCCUGUCAUGGUACCUCCAUCAUCACUUCAUCUGCAUAACAGAUUCUGUACGCCACAUCUCUUGUUCAAACUCCUCCUGUCGCUGCAGAUUUUCUUGUUCUCCAGUAGAGUGAAAUCUGGGAUUGUAGAAAAUGAAUAUAUAUAUAUUUUUGUUUUGAAGGUAACUUUAAUUAUUUAUUUUGUUACAAAUUUCCCGACGUGUGGUCACAGGCAGGCCUGCUUCCAUUGGUUUCUGUUUAGAUAAAGACAAGACAGAACUUGUUUUGCUGGAAUUCACCGUCACGUGCUUCCUCAGAGACUGCAUCAUGUUAAAGUUCGUGGCAGAAGAAAUGUUGAAUUCAUGGAUGAUUUUGUGUUUCAUUUGCUCAGUGUUGAAUGUUGGUCAGCAGAACUUUUAUUUCUGUGCUUUAUGGAGAUUAUGUUAACACAACACGUGUGCUUUUCUCUUUACAUAUUUUUAAACUGAGAGCAUCCCAGGGGUGAUCAUUUCUGUGCUUAAAUGAUACAUUUAAGCUCCUGUGAGGAAUUUUCCAGUUAUGUCACUUUGACAAAGUGAAUAUUUUAUGUCUGCCAAUCUCUCCCUCAGUUUGUCCAGAUAGUGUUUCAAAUAAAUCCCACCCUUCCUUAUUUUAAACAGCAAAGCCUGCCUCUGCAGCUUGUUAUCAAUCCCAUAUGACACCUACCCCACGGUUGGGGUGACAGGCAUACAAGAUAACCAAACAGAAAUGAGUCAGUCUUCCAAUUGACAGUCUGAUUUACUUAUAAAGGUCAUACAGAGCCAUUAAUAUUAAUCUCAGUGUGUCUCAUAACCAAUUAAAAAAAUCCUCUCAGGAGCUUUAACAUAACUUGUGCUGAUCCUACCCCAGCACUUUAAAGAUGAAGGUAUUGCCCCAUACUUUUUCUAGUCUCAACACAUUAACAUGCUCUCAGUAUUACACAAAUUAACCCUUUACUGCCACCUUCUUAGAAACAGAGAAUGUCACAUCAGUGUUGAUUUUUCAUUUUUCUUGAAAUGAAUGAGAUAAUCAGCUUUAUAGUCAUGGUGCAUUUAAAGACUGCUUACCAAAGCAGGGUCGGGUUGUAAUGGUUUAUUUAAUUCUUUGUCAGAUGACUUUUUUUUUUGGGGGGGGGGUUACCUCUUAUCUGCCUCUGUCUUCAAUGGAAGUGAUGAUUACUGUAUGCACGCACACAUGAAGAGGUCCGCUCUCAUUGCUUUUGCCCAGUAAGCUGCUCUUGGUGCGUGUUACAUCACUCCAUCGUGUCUUCUUUUUUCACUACAGCGUAUCACCUGGUUUAGUUUUUAGUCUUUCCUCUGGGUUUGAAAGACAUGAAUGGAUCACUGUUUUGGAAACUCUUUGUUUCUUUGUUUAUUUUUCUUUUUUUGUGUCUUUCUUUAAUUUUUCUGAGAACAAAGGUUCAGGGAACAGCUGACCACUGCACUCGCAUGAGGCGCUUUCAGUGCCUUACAUCUCAUCACCUGGAAACUGUAGUGAGGAGUGACUAGUUAACAUGAUGGCAGAUGAGCCUGUAUUAAGAUCAGCUGUUGGUCAAGACUGUCACUCCUCGUGUGAUUUAAAACCAGCCAAUUCUAUCCCAUGUUAUUUAAAUUGAAUGACCAUUUCAAACUCCUUACUGGUGGUUUUGUAUGUUUAAUCACAUAAACUACAAAUUAGCAUUACCAUGUUGUCAGAUUUUAAACCUUGGAUAAAUCAUUAGUAAAUAUUAAACAAUGCUGAUGUCUGUUACAAUACAGCAGUUACAUAAACAGAGGCCCAAGGCAGCUAGGAAUGAGAAAUUUCUUGUUUUUAAUGUCCAAAGAUGCAAAUAAACUCCUGCAUACUUUCUUAAUUUCUUAAAUAUGCUGGACUUUCCCUUGAUGGUCCCAGUGCAUUGUGGAGCUGUAAGAAAUGUGAUUGGCUCAUAGCAUUGUGGAGGGUGGAGCUUAGGGAUAGGUGAAUUGUCUGCUUUUGGCACUGUAUCUAAAACAACAUCAGUUUCUGCAGAGGACACUUAUGAACUAGGCAUAAGUUAUUUUUGUGAUUUUAUAAAAGUUAGAAAUGUUUUUUUUUUUUUAAAUCCUGAGAAUUAUCCUGAACCUGCCAUGAUUCUUAUUGUAUCAUCAGUGUGUUGUUACAUCUGUAUUAUUGACUAUUAUAAUAGCAAAGAUUGUAUCAUGUUCUUGAAAGUAUCAAAGUAUCAUACAUUUUCACAACCUUGCUCUCAAGUGUUUUUAAAGUAAGCUGCUGAACACUGGCUGUUACAAUGACUUUUUUCUGCUGUCUGUAACUGCUUUUCAACUCCCUGAUUUUGGCAGCUUUCUCUCACAGAAGCGUUUUUUUUUUUUACGUUCAAAAAGUUUGGUUUGCCCGCCAUAAAGAGUGCUACACGCUGUGUAGCACUCUUUAUGGCGAGCAAGAAAAAGUAGAAUCUGAUGAUAUUGGAGUCUGAAUCAUACCUGUGGACUGAAAGUCAGGAUAUAUUGCUCUCUGCUGCUACAGAUCUUUUCCCUUUACAUGCCUGUCUUUUUGGAGGUUCAGUGCCAAAUCACUGGAGUACCUCAUGAAUGCUUCAAUAUUGGAAUAUCCUUGAAUGCAAAACGGGAGUUUAAAGUCAUCCUAUGUUCCUGCAGCAAAGCCAAACGUGAUAGAAGGUUGGAAUAACAUAUCCUUAACAAGCAGCUGCCUAAGGGGAAAAAAAAUCCGUCUUAUUGUCUGUUUCGGAUAUUGAUCAUUAAAUGUUGAACAAGUUCAAUUUGUAGUUGAAAAGGUUUGAGAUAAAACAUGCCAAACCACCAGUCCGGUCUUUAAAGCUUUGAUCCUGAACAGUCCCUGAGCUGGAGGGAACCUUUUGUCCUUUGUCUUUUAUUUUUUAUUCUUGGUUUUGAAUUUUUACGAAUGCUGGAGGACUUAAAAUGAGUGGAACCCAAAUCGCCUCUAAAGGUUUCCUGUUCAUGAAAAACAGAAUGUAUUUGCUUUAAUCAUUUCAUCGUGUUUCUACACUUUUCUUAUUUUCAUUUCUGCAUCUUCAUCAUCAGCGGGAAGUCAAAGUGAUCAAGUGUUACUGUUUAUUUUUUUAUAUACAGUUCUAAAUGGCUUUCUGGGACACAAUAAAAGAGUUUGUAAUGGAUA